GAGCGCGAAGAAGUAUAAUUUGGCGGUCACAGGAAGUGGUGUCAUCAUCAGGUCCUCAUUUCCGCGGAUGAGGCAGAUGAUUGAUUGUUACUGGCGCUCUGCAGAAACCAAUCAAACUGCUGGAGGUGAAUGUGUACAUAGUGGGCGGAACCCAGUCUAGAAAGAAAGGAUCAGAAACAAAAGCAACUGCGAUUGCAGACGAACGAAGGCCAACAACAGAGGGACAUCGGGGUGUUUUUCAGGGUUUCUGGGGCAAGAAGAGAAGCGGCACCAGAUGAAAGGAGAGUGAUUUGUGAAAUCUGUAAAGUAAGCUAUGGUGCUCAACAUUAUGAGCAAUACCACAAACACCGCUGCAAAACAGAAACUACUACUGAAAGCUUUCAAGCACCGAGAAGCCUUCAAGAAGGUGAAACCAGUACAUGGACUGAAGAGAGUUCUGUUCCUAUUGCAUCCUUUGAAAUUCCAUGUCCAGAAGCAGAUGAUGUAGAGAGUGAUUGGAGAAGCAGCUAUGCCCAUAUAAAAGAGAGUUGCAAAACGAGCAGAAAGCUAGAUGUCCCCAGUAACGUGUCUGAUGAAGACCUUUUUUCAUUCUUUCCUGCAGUAGAAUUAAAUUCUGAAAACCUGUCUGAUAGUGAACAUGAAGAACAAUGGGAAGCAAAUGAAGAAAGAAAUGGCUCAAAAUAUGGAAGAAGGAAUUGCUCAGGAUUUAGAUCAGGUAGUAGAACAACUAUCCUCAAGGCCAGCUACAGUUCAAGAUAAAGUGCAAACGUUUACAAGAUGGUUAUGCUUAUUUUUAAUGGUGUGGCAAGCGCGAUUUUUUAUUUCUGAUCUGGCAAUAAAUACCUGGAUGACAUUUUUUUAGAGAGAUGUUGUCUGUGUUUGCUGAACCAGGAAAUAUCCUUGGAUUGAUACUUACAGUCUUCCCUUCAGGUGUCUAUGGCAUAUACAAACUGUUUGGACAUUGCAAAGACCCCUUUAGAAAGCUUGUUGUAUGUAGGAAAUGUUACACAAUGUAUAACAUUAAGGAUUGUUUGCAAAUUAUUGAAGGACGAAGAGACAAAAAAAUGUUCAUUCGUAAAAUAUCCAUGGCAGAGACAUCAACUCCAACGGAAUAUGUGUGCUCAACCCUUGCUAAAAGAAGUGACAUUGCCUUCAGGAACUAGAAGAUUCUAUCCCUUUAAGUGGUUUUGUUGUAGAUCCAUAAAAGAAUCAUUGAGAGAAAUGGUUAGCCGCCCUGGAUUUGAAGACCUAUGUGAAAAAUGGAGAGACAGAAACAUCCCAGAAGGAAAACAAGAUGAUGUUAUGGAUGGUAAAGUAUGGAAGGAAUUCAAGGGAGAAAAGUACUUUUUUUUUACCUAGGAACGGUGUUAUGGCUUGAUGUUAAAUGUGGAUUGGUUUCGGCCAUUCAACCAUGUUCAGUAUUCUGUGGGGGCUGUUUAUUUGACAAUCUUGAACUUGCCAAAACCAGAACGUUAUAAAAGGAAAAUUCUAGCAGACAUUACCACAUAUGGGCAGUGAGCCAAAAACCAACACAUUUCUGUCUUAUCUUGUGGAAGAAUUAAAAGAAGCCUGGCUACAUGGAUUUAGUCUGCAGUCAGUGAAACAAGGCAGAACUGCAACCUUUUGUCUUGCUCUGCUUGCUGUUGCUUGUGACAUUCCAGCCUGUCGUAAGGUUUGUGGUUUUUUAGGACAUGCUGCUAAUCGUGGCUGUUCUGAAUGUUGGAAGCUUUUCCCUGGUCAGGUUGGACAGAAGGACUAUAGUGGGUUUGCAAGAGAUGCAUGGCCGCAAAGAACUCAUGAAAGACAUUUGGAAUGGUGUGCGCAAAUUCUGGAUAAAAAGACCAAGCAGGAUGUAAAACUUCUUGAACGUGAAUAUGGGGUGCGUUACUCUGUACUACUGGAACUGCCGUAUUUUGAUAUAGUUCAGGUGCAUGUUAUAGACCCAAUGCAUAACCUGUUUCUAGGUACUGCAAAACAUGUAAUUGAAAUUUGGAAGGAACAAGGUAUUCUUACAGACAAAGAUAUGAAAAGUAUUCAAGAGAAAAUUGAUGACUUUGAAGUGCCCAGUGAUUUAGGAAGAAUACCUAAUAAAAUUCAAUCAAGCUUUACUGCCGAUCAAUGGAAAAACUGGACACUUUAUUUUUCCAUUCCUUGCUUAACAGGCAUUUUACCUUCUCAACACCUGGAGAUUUGGAAACUCUUUGUGAAAGCAUGCUAUUUGUUAUGUUCAUAUGUAAUGACACAUGAAAUGCUUGUUGAGGCUGACCCGGAGCUUAUUACAUUCUGCAAGAUGUUUGAAGAAAAGUAUGGAUCUGACUACGUUACUCCUAACAUGCACUUGCAUGGUCACAUUAAAGAAUGUAUAAUAGGCUACGGGCCUGUGUAUGCUUUUUGGCUCUUCAGUUUUGAGAGAUACAAUGGUAUUUUAGGAAAUGAACCGUCAAACCAAAGGUCAGUAGAGCUUCAGUUCAUGAGACGAUUUUUAAAAGAUGGGUUAUUUUUUGGUCAAGUACUAGAAGUGGCACAAGGAGAAGAGACUUUAGCAAAUCACCUAAAUAUGAUGCAAGACCCACCGUCUCGAGGCUCACUGCAGGAUAUGAUGGUAUCUGACUUACUGGAUGUGUGCAGGAUUUCAUCACGCUUCAUUUGCAUUCGUGAGGUUAACAUGUCAUUAACAAAUUUAAUAUCCUAUAUAAAAAAAACUAUUUGUCACCAUCAGGAGCUUUCAGCUGGGCAGAUCUUAUUUUUCAUUGAGCACAAUCUUCUUUUCCAUGAUGGAACAAUUAAAAAGCACAUUCUUGGGCGAGUUCAGUGGUACCUAGAAAUGGAGCCUGUGUUUAAAGACUACUACGGUUUCCCAGUGUCUGUAUUUUAUCCAAACAUUUAUAGACAAGAAAACAGUGCAAGUUUCAUUCCUGUGCAAAGGAUUAAAUGUAAAAUUGUAAGAAAGACAGAAACGUUGAAAAGACAUCACUUGACAGGGCAAGCACUGAUUACUGUUCCGAGGGAUAAUUUUGCUGGAGUUUAAAGAGAAGAUGGAGGUUGGAGGGGGGUGUAGUAAAAAAGGGAGUCUUUGUUGUAUUGCUCUUGUUUGGUUGUACUGUGUUUUCCUCCAAUAACUAUAUUUGAUUAGGUUACUGUUUUUACUUAAACUGCUAUGUUGUGGCACUGUUUUGAGACUAUAAAUAUUUAGUUAGGGUUAUGUGACUUGUAAACACGAUACAGAUCUUCUUUUCUGUGAAACAGGAGCAUGUAUGGAUGCACGUCCUUGAGCGGUCAGUCGCACUAUGCAAGUGAUUUGUUUCUUUUCUGUGAAUCAGGAGCAUGUGUGGACGCACGUCUUUGAGCGGUCAGUCGCACUAUGCAAGUGAUUUGUUUCUUUGCUUUUUUUUUCCCUUUGUAUCGGAUGUUUUAAAUUCACAUUAACUUGAGAAUAAUAAAACAAAUGUUUUUUUUUUAUUUUAACUUGAAUCAUUUGAUUUAAAUCACAAUUAAGUUGACAUUUAUAUU